ACACCCACAGUCCAAAAACGAACACUGUCAAUCAGUAUAGAACAACCAGGAGGCUUCACUCUCACCACACUCUGUUUGGCUUGUGUUGUAACCACAGUUAAAGUGCAACUCUACCUAUCCUUUCCAUUCAAGAAGACCAUCAAAGGAAGACACUGACUUUAAGAAGGAGGACUGCUGAAUUUGUUCUGACAGACAUGGACAUGGAGGAGAGGGACUGUUCAGAUGGGAAGUAUUUUGUGCAGAGGAUGGUUCUGGAUGAGCUGCGUCUGGAUGAAGUGGCAAAGAAAGGGACAUGGUCCACUAAACCCACUGUGGGGGAUCGGGUGAAAGAGUCUCUGAGGUGUUCGGUGCCCAAGUUGAAGCAGUUUGUGCUGAGCUGGGUCCCUGUUCUCAGCUGGCUGCCUCAAUACUCCAUCAGAGAAAACGCCAUAGGGGACCUGAUCUCUGGCUGCAGUGUGGGCAUCAUGCAUCUGCCGCAGGGUAUGGCAUAUGCCCUUCUGGCCUCCUUACGCCCAGUGUUUGGCCUUUACACCUCCCUCUACCCGGUGCUGGUCUACUUCAUCUUUGGUACUUCCAGACACAUCUCCAUAGGUACGUUUGCUGUGAUCAGCAUCAUGAUCGGGAGUGUGACGGAGAGGCUCGCACCAGACAGUCACUUUAUUGUAAAUGGCACUAAUGUGACAGGAGGUGUGGACCUCGAUGCACGGGACGCAUACAGAGUACAGAUAGCAUGUUCCCUCACGGUCUUGACAGGACUCUUUCAGAUCCUGUUGGGUGUGGUGAGGUUUGGUUUUGUGGUCACCUACCUGUCUGAGCCACUGGUUCGAGGCUACACCACAGGAUCAGCAUGCCAUGUAUGUGUGUCCCAGCUCAAGUACCUGUUCGGCGUCUCGCCGGCUCGCUUCACCGGUCCUCUUUCCCUUAUUUAUACUCUGGUGGAUAUUUGCCGGCUGCUGCCUGAGACCAAAGUGCCGGAGCUGGUGGUCAGUCUGGUUGCGCUCUCUGUUCUCAUUGUGGUCAAAGAAAUCAAUGCCUGCUACAGACAGAAGCUGCCUCUGCCCAUCCCGAUAGAAAUCAUAGUGAUCAUAGCAGCAACAAUCAUCACCCACUUCGGCGGGCUUACAAGUAAACACAGCAUUGAUGUGGUUGGAGAGAUUCCCAGUGGGCUCAAGGCCCCUCAAGUUCCAGAUGCCACAUUGUUCUCAAAGGUGAUAGGCGAUGCUUUUGCAGUGGCCAUUGUGGGCUAUGCCAUCAACAUUUCUCUGGGCAAAACAUUUGCCCUCAAACAUGGCUACAAGGUGGAUAGCAACCAGGAGCUGGUUGCUUUGGGUCUUAGCAACACGAUUGGCGGCUUUUUUCAGUGUUACUCUGUGACUUCCUCCUUGUCUCGCAGCCUCGUCCAGGAGAGCACAGGGGGCAAGACACAAGUUGCAGGAGUGAUUUCGUCCGUCAUCGUGCUCAUCACAGUUUUGAAAAUCGGCUCUCUCUUUGCAGAUCUCCCCAAGGCUGUCUUAUCCACAAUAGUGUUUGUGAAUUUGAAAGGAAUGUUUAUGCAGUUGACGGACGUGCGUUUGCUGUGGAAGACCGACAAAGUUGAUCUGCUGGUGUGGCUGGUAACAUUCGUCAGCACCCUCCUACUCAACCUGGACCUGGGUCUGGCUGUCUCCAUUGGCUUUUCCAUGCUCACUGUCAUCUUCAGGACACAACUGCCGCGCUACUCUAUCUUGGGCCUCGUGUCAGGCACUGAAAUGUAUUUGGACACAGACACCUACAAGGAGGCUAAAGAGAUUCCAGGAAUUAAAAUCUUCCGCUCAUCUGCAACUAUCUACUACACAAAUGCUGAGAUGUACUUGGAGGCCCUGCAAGAGAAGAGUGGAAUUGAAAUUGGGAAGCUGCUGACGGUAAAGAAAAGACGAGACGCGAAGCUGAAGCGUGAACUAGAGAAAGAGAAAAAGAAAGCUAAAAAGGAGGCAAAGAAACAAAGAAAAGCAGGCAGCCACAUGUCCAACAGCACAUUACCAAAGAUGAACGAGAGCAACAUCUCUGCAGGCCUGAAGGGACAGAGUCAGGGGAACGUUGUAACCUUACGCCUGGAAAAGACCUCUACAAAUGACCUUAGUAAAGGACAAGUAAACUGGGCUUACCAACAUGACACGACCAUGUGCGACUCAUAUUCAGACACUGGUUGCCACGGUGAUGACAGCAUCAGCCACAGAUCGCACUACGAUGAUGAGGAGAAGGGAAUGCCGUGCGUGUCAGGCACGCACAGCAUCAUCUUGGACCUUUCGUCAACCAGCUUUGUGGACACGGUCGCUGUGAAGACCUUGAAAAAUAUAUUCAGGGACUUUGGAGAGAUUGAUGUGGACAUUUAUCUAGCAGGCUGCCAAGCGUGUGUCGUGGAGCAGCUGGAAACCGCAGGUUUCUUCUCAGAGUCCAUCCAAAAGAGCAGGCUGUUUGUCACGGUUCAUGAUGCAGUGCUUCACAUUCUCAAGAAACUGGGGCAGACCGACUUUGUACUUCAUGUGUCUCACAGCACUCGGAUGUAACCAGCAGGGGUCAGACUGUUCCAACUCUCCCCAUCUUCCUCCUCCUCCUCCUCUUAGGCUGCUCCAUUGCUCACUACUGGUCGUCAUUGCCUCCUCCCCCUUCAGUGGGGGAGAAUGCACCACCUUGACAUGGCGGCUGGUUGCCAUGGAAAUACAGGGAGCCGUUGCUGUGGCAACAGGCUUUUUAUGAUAUAGUCUAAUGAGAUGGCCAGCAAGAGGCUACGUCAUUGCAGCUCCCUCGCUCUGUGUGAGUGAGAGACAGAGAAGGGGCGGGGGUAGAGUGGGAGAAUGUAACACUGGACUAAUAGGAGUCUGUAUUUAUAGCCUGUGUGAGAGAGUAUAGCGGGAGUGAAAGGUUGACUGUAAGGGGAAACUCAUACGUGAGAGGUGCUGUCGUGAACACACGGGCCACGAUGUCUGUCUGACAAUCUAUAUUCUUGAACCAAUGCACGUCUUCCACAACAAAUCAAUAAAAUGUAAAUAUUUUGUCACUGAUAUGGCGGGGCCAUUCCCUCUGGAAGGGAUUCUCAAUCCUGAUUGGCUCCUAAAGCCUUCAGGAAGGAACCGAAUUGCAGAUAUGGCGCGAUAGGUGUUGUAUUUAAAAUGAGCAGCAGCUUUUAAACACAACGUGGGUGUAUUUAUAGUCAGUAUUCACACGUCUGAUACCUCUGACAUCUUGAGCUCCCUUCUAUUUUUGGGAUCCAGUGUUAUCAUAACUAUCAGAGGCUAAACACUGUAUUGUCAUAUAUUAUUUGGAUAGCCCCGGCCAUAAAACAUUUUUUUUUUUAAAAUAUAUUUUUUUACUUUAAAAAUGUAUGUGGGAAAUGUAUUUGUGUCUGCAAGACAGGUCCAUUUAUAUGUGCAAUUAUUUGAAAAAGAUCCUUUCUUAAUCAUCAUAUUGUAUCAUGAGUGUUUAUCAGGUGACUCUUAGAGGGAUGUUCCCACCACAAAUAAAUUAUCGACCUGCAGAAAACACUAAUAUGUGUGUCAGGGAUCCUCAAAUAUUAGCUCCUUGAAUGAACCACUCCAAUGUAAACAAUGUCAAGUGUUGUAAAUGACCAAACACACAUAUUUCCUUGAUGGUGUUAACUACUCUACCUGACUGAUUACACAUCCACUUCUGUGAGAUGUUUUUUUUACAGGUGUAACAUAUUUAAUGUGAUUGAACCAGAAUAGUUUUUGUACAUAGCUAGAGUUCAUUUUAUGAACAAGUAUGAAUGAGACCAUGUAAAUAAAGAGU